UAUGGAGAGCUACAAGUUGGUGGGUUUAAUCAUAGGGGUGUUACUAUCAUGGGUUGCGUGGGUAUCAGCAACAAAACUUCGACGGCAUCGUUCCAAGGAGCUAAGGCAGCUUCCUCCAGGACCAAGAUGGUGGCCACUGGUUGGGAACAUUUUUCAACUAGGCUGGGCACCACCCCAUGAGUCAUUUGCCAUAUUAGCCCGCAAGCACGGCCCUAUCAUGACCCUGUGGCUAGGGUCAAUGAGCACUGUGGUGAUUUCAUCGAGUAUUUUGGCUCGUGAAAUGUUUAAGAAUCAUGAUGUGGUGCUAGCUGGUCGAAAAAUAUACGAGGCCAUGAAAGGUGAUUAUGGUAAUGAGGGUUCGCUGAUCACGGCUCAAUAUGGCCCACACUGGCGCAUGCUGAGGCGACUAUGCAACACUGAGUUCUUUGUCACGAGCCGCCUAGACGCCAUGCGUGGUGUUCGUGGCACGUGCAUCGAUCGCAUGGUGCAGUUUAUAGAGGAUGCUAGUACUAGUGACAAAUCCGAUAUUGGUGCCAAUGUUAAGAGCAUUGAUGUGGGUAGGUUCUUUUUCUUGAUGGCUUUUAAUCUAAUUGGGAACCUUAUGUUCUCCAAGGAUCUUUUGGACCCAAAGUCGGAGAGAGGGGCUGGGUUCUUUUACCAUGCAGGUAAGGUUAUGGAGAUGGCUGGGAAGCCUAAUAUGGCAGAUUUCUUUCCUGUUCUGCGCUGGCUUGACCCGCAAGGCAUUAGGAAGAAUACCCAAUUCCAUGUUGAAAAAGCGUUUGAAAUUGCUGGAGAGUUCAUCAAGGAAAGACUGGAAAGUAUGGACAGUGAUGGAUAUGAUGUUGACAUAAAGAAGACUAAGGACUUCUUAGAUGUGCUCUUGCAGUACGACUCGCAGGGUGAUGGUGUUGAUGAAGAGGCCUAUAGGUUCUCAUCUCCGAGAACCAUCAACGUGAUUGUCUUUGAAAUGUUCACGGCAGGGACUGAUACCACUACAAGCACCUUGGAAUGGGCGAUGGCGGAGCUACUUAACAAUCCAAAAACCCUAAAGAAAGUUCAGACCGAGCUAAGGAGCACCAUAAGUUCUGGCAAGAAGCUUGAAGAGAGAGACAUUGAAAACCUCCCCUACCUCAAAGCAGUCAUCAAAGAGACUUUGAGGCUUCACCCACCUCUUCCUUUCUUAGUCCCACACAUGGCCAUGGGCUCUUGCGAAAUGCUAGGACACCACAUUCCAAAAGACACCCAAAUCCUAGUCAAUGUUUGGGCAAUUGGACGUGACCCCAAAACUUGGGAAGACCCUUUAAUAUUCAAGCCAGAGAGGUUCUUGGAGCCUAACAUGGUUGAUUAUAAAGGACACAACUUCGAGUUCAUACCAUUUGGUUCUGGGCGUCGGAUGUGUCCUGCUGUGCCCCUAGUCUCAAGGGUGCUUCCUCUAGCCCUAGGAUCGCUCUUACAUUCCUUUGAUUGGGUUUUACCAGAUGGCCUCAAGCCGGAGAAUAUGGACAUGGCUGAAAGGAUGGGGAUAACACUUCGCAAAUCUGUCCCCUUAGAGGUGAUACCUAUACCUUACAAAGGAGAUGCCCAGUAAUACUAAAAGGAUCGUGCUUUUGGAUCGUAUUGGCUGACCACAUAAAAUGGCAGUUGAUGUAUACAUAUGAACAUAUCAUGCAUACACUUUUUCGAAAAUGUAAUCGGGCCGAUCCAUUUAACCUUGCCCAUCCGGAUACUAGUAAUGCGUUCAGUUUCAGAGCACCAUAUACAGCAAAGAAAACAAGCAAUGGGUCAAUUGUAAUAUGGUUCUUGUAAAUCUCUUGAUAAUGAAUUUGAAUGUGUGUAUGUGAUCGAUGAUAUCCUGUCACAAAAAUUCUCUUCCUUCUAACAGAGAAUUAUUUGUGUUUGUUA